AUGUCGGCAGCCGCGCGUGCAAUGCUAGGCAAGGUCCGCAAAAUCGUGCCCCCUAUGCUGGAGAAAUUCCACAAGGGCCAGCUCGGUCGGGUCGCCGUCAUUGGUGGCAGUGCGGACUAUACAGGUGCCCCGUACUUCUCGGCCAUGGCUUCAGCGCGAUUGGGGUGUGAUCUAUCCUACGUCUUCUGCGAACCGUCCGCUGCACCAACAAUCAAGUCAUAUUCGCCCAACCUGAUGGUGUCACCGAUCCUCAGGUCCACCGUGUCAAUAUCUCAGGCGCAGAAAGAGAAAGAACCGUCGGGAGAAGAGUUGGCGCAGCCAAUUCUGGAUAUGCUACCCAGGUUGCAUGUGCUGGUCAUUGGACCUGGGCUGGGCAGAGACAUCGUCACCCAGAAGCAAGUGAAAGCUGUGAUAAAGGCCGCGAAAGAACAUAACCCACCCAUCCCUAUGGUACUGGACGCAGAUGCUCUCUGGAUUGUCCAGACAGAUCCCGAUCUCAUCAAAGGCCACAAAGAAUGCAUUCUCACCCCGAACGUGGUUGAGUUCGGUCGCUUGGCGAAGUCGGUUGGCCUGGACCAAAGCGGAGAUCCGGAGAAGGCGUGUCUGGAGCUCUCUAAGAUCUUGGGAGGGGUCUGCAUCAUCCAGAAAGGCCCUGUCGACUACAUCUCUCAGGGUGUCGACACGACCGUGUCUGAGUUCGAAGGUGGGUUGAAGCGAGCUGGUGGUCAGGGUGAUACCUUGACCGGUUCCUUGGGGACGUUGCUUGCAUGGCGGGAGGUGUAUCAUGAGAAGUUGUGGGAUAUCGGCGAGGAGAUGAGUCGAGCUGAGACGUUGUUGAUCGCGGCGUUCGGUGGAAGCGCGAUCACCAGAGAGUGCUCGAGGAGAGCAUUCGCAACGAAACAAAGAAGUCUGCAAGCAAGUGACCUGACUGAGCAAGUACAUGAGUCGUUCCUGACCCUCAUCGGCGAGACAACACCAGGGUUGAAGCAGAACCUGUGA